ACCCAUAAAAAAAACAUUAAAAAAAACAAAAAACCAGAGGGGAUCUCCUUUGCUCACUCCUUCCAAACAAACCGCCAUAGCUCGUUAUUAUCAAUCAUGUAUCGUUCUUGACGAUAACAAUUUCUAAUGCUAAUUAUAGAAGUAGCUCGUGUUUAGUGCAAACAUCAUUAAAAUAUAAAUAUAUUAUACUUUUAUACAGAGAGAGUGUGUGAGUGACAGGAGAAACGCGAAAGCAGCUUCCUUUGGGUAUUGUGUUGUCGAGUGAAGCUGGUGUAUAUUGGCGGUUUGGCUGAUCUAUCUAUUUGGCUGAUCUGAGAGAGAGAGAGGGAUAUGGUGGUGGGAUGAGGUUGAGGAAAAGGGGAGAGGGAGAUGGCGCGGGGAGAGUGGGGAAAUCAUGGGAGAGGGAAAUGGGGAUGCUCGUACAAGAGGACCACUCUAAUAGUUUGCCUCAUCAACAUUGUUGUUGCUCUAUUCGUUCUUCGCUUUCUUUACGCUUCUCUAUACAUAUACUCCGAUCCCUAUUCACGUGCAGUUGUUAAUUACACCCCGGAUCAGAUUAGGAUGAUGGAAGAAUCAAUUCGAAUUCGAAGAGCAGCCGAACCAUUGGAGCUUCUUAAAUUGGUGAAGAAACUUGAAAAGGAGCUUUCCAGUGAAGUGAUGAUUAGUGAACUCCCCCAACAUUUAAAGCAGAGUAUAACAGACGACGUUAUUCAGAGAUUGAAAACAUUGGGUGCCAGAGCGAAUAUUAGUGAGCAGAGAGAAGCCGUUGAAAGAUGGCGAUUGGAAAAACUGAACAAAACUAAGCAGUUAACCCUUGAGAGAGAUAACGCGGACUCAACUAUUUCCCAUGAGGAGGCGGAUAUGCUAGUAAGAGCUUUGGAGUCUAACUGGGCGGUGAUUUCUGAAGAGAUUGGGCUUUGGAUACCUCCUGAAGCUAUUAACAAGGAACAUGAUGAUAAACCUGAAGGUGAAGAGGAAGAGGAGGACAUUUUGCCCGGCAGACCACUUCCAGCCGAAUGUCAUGCUGAACUUCAUACAGAUUACGGUGGUGCCGCUGUGAGAUGGGGGCUAACUUUCCACAGAGAAAGUGCAGCUGAUUGCUGCCAGGCUUGCUUAGAUCAAGCUAAACAUGCCAAGCCUGGUGAGAAGAAAUGCAACAUAUGGGUUUAUUGCCCGUCUGAGACUGGUUGCUAUUCACCCGACAUUUAUCAACAUAGAAUUCAAGAGUGCUGGCUUAAAUUCGCAGAGAAGCCAAAAGUAAAUUUCAAGGACAAGUAUUCGGAGUCAUACAGAAACUCCCAUCCAACUGCACCAUUCAUCGUGCCAUGGGUCUCAGGUGUCGUCAGUGCAUAAAUAGUGUUCGGCCAACAAAUGGGGAACACAUAUUAUUGGAACCAUUAUUACACGCUUUGAACAAGGUGAGUUAAAUUCUGAAUUGGUUCAAAAAAAAAAAUUCUGAAUUGGUUCAAAAAAAAUAUUCUGAAUUUGUUCAAGGGAGAAAGAUCGGACUGCGCUGCUAUUCAUUCAUCCAUCCAUCCUUUUUUGCGGUUCUUUUUUACAAAGUUAAUAUCAUUUUUUGUAAUACGAACUAAUAUGGGAAUACCAAGUUUCAACAGUCUCUCUGGUAAUCAGGGCGAGCUUAUUAGCUAGAUUGUUUGAUAAGUGUUAUGUGGAUUGCUGCUAUGCUAUGCUAAUCUGUCAAACUAGACAUUACAAAAGACUUAUUCUUGAUUGUUCUGUAUACAUAUGAAUAUGAUGAUUAUUAGAAGAAACGAUGUACAAGAUUGUCAAGUAAACAUAUUUGCUAAAAAUGCGAUUGCUCGUUAUCAAA